CUUAUCAAUCGUGACCUAUUUAUUAUAGUAUAUCAGCUGCUGUGCCUACAAUCGUAGAUUAAAGAAGUUACAUUUUAGCUUACAUUUUAUAUCGUUUAUAUUUUACUUAAUCGUAACAUUAUUAUUGUCGUUUGUGUGUGUAUUGCCAAUUGUGUUUAGUUUGUACCAAGAAAACACGUAGAUUUGUUGAUGUGCUCGGGAUUCUUAGUUCAUGGUUAAAAUAUCUAUAAUCACUCAGUCUACAAUAUUCUCCAAUAUACUGAAAUAAACUUGUGGUUGAUGAAAAUAUUUGGUUGAUUUUCAAUAUGGAUAAAAAUCUUGACAAUAAUCAUGAAGAAAACCUUAAAAGAGGACAAGCAUUAUUGAAUCAUUUAGAAGAAACGCAAUAUUCUUAUUUCAACGGACGUCCAGAAUGGAUACCCUUACAAAAGAAUGAUCUGAAAUUAUUUAUAGCACACAUAUAUUACGGCUAUCCAUAUCCUAGUAAUGCAAUUGUUGAAAACAAUUAUGAACAAGAGAUAAAUUCUGAAGAAUUAUUUAAGUUAUAUAAAAAUGAAAUUAAAAAGAAAAUUUUAGAUAUAUAUGAAUUAAUAGAGGAAAAAUAUAUUAAUCCCAGUCUCUUUAGUAAUAUUGAAGUAGGUAUAACUAUGGUACACAGUAUUUGCAAAAACAAGUGCGAUAGCUGCCAAAAUUUUCCUAAAAAAGAUAUACACAAAUGGUUAUUACUCAGAUUAAAAGUGAUUAGCAAUAAAUUCAUUUUUAUUGAUUUUCAAAACAGCAGAACGAUACACUGGCUGGGAUGA